AAAAUAUUUCCAGCUUCCCACCCACUUAAACUUUUUAUUUCGUAUGUUCAUAAAAAUUAUAUUUUCAAACACAACUUCCGAAACACAAUUAUCCAUCGAUUUCUAUCACCAUUUUCGUGUUGAUUUGUUAUGAACGAUCAUCUGGGUGCAUUGCUCCCAUGAGCUCAUAACUUUUCGUACAAUUCUUCACAAUUUUCUAAUAGAAUAACGAUAGAGAAACAACAACAGAAACUUCAGGCGCGAUUCUUGUUUUGUUUAACGCUUUGCCGAUAGAAUAGCAUGAGCUCGCAAUGAAAGGUCUAUUAAAAGGCCUGCGUUACAUUUCUGAAAUUUUCGAAGCGGAUAACGAAAAAGAACCAGAAAUACAGAUCGGUGCACCCACGGAUGUUAAGCAUGUUGCCCAUAUUGGUUGUGAUGGUCCUUCUUCGAAUGCGCCUAGUUGGAUGAACGAGUUUCAAGGUUCUUCAGAUGCUGGAUCAUCCGAUUUAAAAGGUGCAGAGUCAUCAGAUCGUCGUGGCAAGUCAAAGAAAAAGAAGCAAGGUUCUAGCAAUUCAAUAAAUACCCCAGAUAGGGAACCUAAGACUAGGAAGAACAAGAGCUCAACUAGUGAUAAUGAAAGUAGCCGUGCUAGGCGGACCAAAAACUCGAGUAUGGGGUCAGAGUCACCAGCGCAAGACCCUCGACCAAAAAAGGACCGAAAUAAAAAGAGGGCAUCGAACAAUGACGAGGAUCCAAAAGGCAACGAGAUGCGUCUAAAAGAAAAUGUUUCAUGAAUUCGGUUGACCAUAAAAUAUACCUUGGUUUCGCCACCUUUACAUGAAUUUGUAACAAAUUAUACUGCAUUUUACGACUGUUUUUUAUGUAUAAAUUAGUAGAACGUACCUAUC